GGUCCUCGUACCAGCACGCGACGAGAAAGCUCUAUUGGAACUUGAUUGGACCCGACGCCGGGUCACCAUAUCGACAACUCGAUACUUUCUUCCAGUUUCUCCUGUAUUUCUCCUCAAUUUCUGCCAGCGAUGCUCAGCCUGGAUUCUAUAAAAGACAGCAGACUCUUGGCUCAAUAGCAUCGAACAGACAGUUCUAUCCUCAAUGACUUCCCGUUUUACCUUAUCUUUCUUUCAAAUCCUCUGUGUCUUGCUGACAUGUGCCGGUAUUGGUCGUGCCUAUGUUGGCCCUGGAACUGUCACUGGUUAUACUGAGACACACGAUCCUACUAUCUGUAAGGACGGCGACGGGAAAUACUUCUUAUUCGCCACUGCUGCUGGUAUCUCAAUCACUACGUCCACGGACAGGACUGCGUGGACUUACCAGGGAUUGGUGUGGCCCGACGGUGCGAGCUGGACCGACGAUUACACGGGUACUUCAAACGGAAGUCUGUGGGCGCCCGACUGCUACUAUGACGGUAGCAAGUUCUGGCUUUAUUACGCCGCAUCCAGCUUCGGAUCCCAGGAUUCGGCUAUCUUCCUGGCAACUUCUACAACUGGUGCUCCUGGAACUUGGACCAACAAGGGUCUCGUAACGUCCACCUCGUCUGGUGACACUUAUAAUGCUAUUGACCCCAAUCUGUUUAUUUCUGGAAGUACCUGGUACCUCAGUCUAGGAAGCUUCUGGACGGGUAUCAAGUUGAUCAAACUCAGUCCGUCCACGGGACUUUCGGCCAGUUCCUCUGUUACGUCGUUGGCUGAACGUACGGAUGACGACGGUGCCGUUGAAGCCAGCAGCAUCUACAAAUACGGAAGUUACUAUUAUCUUUUUACGUCCUGGGAUAUCUGCUGUGAGGGAACGUCCAGCACCUAUAACAUCCGUGUUGGAAGGUCAACAAGCAUUUCUGGUACAUAUUAUGACGAAGAUAGUGUCUCUCUUCUUAAGGGUGGAGGAACUCUUGUCUUGGAGAGUCACGACGAGAUCUACGGACCCGGAGGUCAGGACGUUUUCGAAGAUAGCGACGGUCCUAUCCUUGUUUAUCAUUAUUACACCUCAUCGGGCAGCUACCUCGGCAUCAACCUCCUCAACUUUUCUACGGGCUGGCCAGUGGUUGUUUGAAGCGUUUUGUGUUGGCGUAUAUUUUUCUAAAUAAAAUCUUGAGAUGC